AUGUCAUCGCCUUCCUCAACACUCUUCAUCGCUCUCCAAUGCUUCCAAUGCUCCACCAUGCAGGUAAAACAAAAGAAGAAAUGCAGCAACAAGUGGAGUUGCGCGGUAUGCAACGAGAAACAAUCGGUUCGCAAAGUCUUCGCACAGGGAUACAAAGCGAAGGAUGUCCGCACGUUUGUUCAAACCUUCAACAUGUCUCGGAAAUCACUCGAAGAUGACCAGCAACGGCUCCUUGCCGGAACCCUAACUCCCACGCCGGAACAUUCCGACGGCGAAUCUGAAUUUCCAGACGAGCUGAAUAGUAACAAGAAGUGUACCGAUUGGACUGUGUAUCUGGAACAUGACGAUCAUCAUGCCGAACAAGAGCAACACGAAGAUGAUUUUGAGCCAUUGGUAGUGACUGAGUUGCCGAAGGACAUGUUCAAGAAGCGCAAAUUGGUUGAUAAUUCAACUUCAAGAAAAGGCAGGCGUUUUGAAAGUCCACUGUUCCGAAACUCUCAAGAUGCAGGAGAGCCAGUAAAAGAUCAGCAAAGAAUCACAUCAUUGACUGAAAGUAAUUCAGAGAGAAACAAUACAGUGACAACAGCUAAUCAGAGGAAUCAGAAAUGCAAACAAACAAUCAACAGUUCGUCUUCCAAAUGGAAUGACUACUUAACUGAGGACAAUGACAAGUUAGAAUUUGGAUGCAAGAGAGGCUUUAACUUCAAGGAUACUUCAGGUUCAUCGAACAACGAUAUCUUAGAGGCUAUAACAUGUGAGCAAAGAGUAGAAGAUGAUAUCCACCCUGAUUUUAUGUGA